AUGAAUUCAACUACAGUUUUUGCUAAUGCAACAUUUGAAGAAAUUCUAGACGAUCUUUCAAGCCGUUUUAUCAUCAACGUACCAGAAGCGGAGCUUGCUUCAGUGGAACGUAUCUGUUUCCAACACUGUCCUCUACUUCAUCAAUGGGCUCACGAACACGAACGUGCCUAUGCAGACUUUAUGCAAUACCGAUUUCGUAUUCCUGUUUGUGGAGCCAUUAUUCUCAAUACGAAUCUAGACAAGUGUGUUCUCGUGAAAGGAUGGAGUUCAAAAUCAGGCUGGGGAUUUCCAAAGGGAAAAAUCAACCAAGAUGAAGAUUAUGACUGUUGUGCAAUUCGAGAGGUGCUCGAAGAGACUGGAUUCGAUAUUGGUCCCUUGUUGAAAAAGUCAGAUUAUAUUGAACUGACAAUGAGAGAACAGAGAAUCAGGUUAUAUAUCAUUCAAGGUGUACCCGAAGAUACCCAGUUUACUCCACGUACAAGAAAGGAGAUUAGUCAAAUAUCUUGGAUCAAAUUAGACGAUUUGCCUACUUAUAAAGCAGAGCCUCGUCACGGAAAUGGGGCAUCCAACUAUGUGAAAGCAGGCCCAUAUAGAUUUUAUAUGGUUGUACCUUUUGUCAGGUAUAUAUUUAUAUAA